AUGCAUGAUGUGGUCUGGCCAAAACAAAAAGGCGGAGAAUUCCUCGUGAAGUUGAAGCUUACCAAUGGAAGCGAAAUAUCACUGCAGGACAGCGCAACCCGCGAGCCUAGGGUUGUGUGUAAUUCCGUUCUAGAUGCAAAGGUCGGUGUCGUCUCAACGGCCAAAGGAUCCGCAUACGUUGAGCUGGGUAACACGAAAGUCAUAGUGUCCGUGUUCGAUCCGCGAGAAAUACCGAAGCAGAACAAAUUCAACGAAUUGGGCGAACUGUUUUGUGAUUUUAAGUUUUCUCCUUUUGCCUCGUUGGUGAGGAAAAAUCCACAAACAGAUGCUCGGGAACGUAGUAUGGCUACGGCGUUGGCAAGCGCUUUGAACCCAUCUGUUUGUCGGCAUCUGUUUCCCAACCUGCAGAUUGAUGUGUUUGCCAAUGUGCUGGAAGACGAUGGAUCAGCGUUGUCCGUAGCGAUAACUGCUGCCGGGCUUGCGUUGGGUGAUGCUUGCAUACCGAUGUUCGAUAUAGUGACUGCUGCGACAGCCGGAAUCCUAGGCAAUCGUAUCAUCGUUGACCCUACCGCAGAGGAAGAAGCCUUGUGUAUGGAUGGAUACACCGAGUACAAUCAUGGGCUGGUGAUGAUAGCGAAGCUGCCAACGUUGGAUCAGGUACCGGAGAUCCGGCAGUAUGGAAGUGUGGAUGUGGAAACGCUGUGGGAAACGUGCAAGCAGCUAAACACAAACUGUGCAGACCUGGUCCCGAUCGUACAACAGCUGUUGGUGAGCAAAGUGAAGUCUCGCCUUCGAGAGCUCGAGGUAGGAAGUGAUGAAGAAAGCGAAAACGGUAAGGACAAAGAGGAUAAGACGGGCAACAGUUCGGGAGAAGAGAAAUGAUGUAAAACAAUAAAGCAACGCCUUAAACACUCGUAA